UAAAAUAAUCUUUAUGACGAGAAAGAAAAUCCUUUCGAAGUAUCCUUCUAGCAAAAAAACAAAAAAAAAAUCCUUUUGAAGCAUCCUUGAUUUUUUUAAUAAAUCCGUGUUUUUCUUCCUUGAUUUAAAAGAAAAAGAGAAGGAAGGCCCCUCUCUAUGAACAUAUCCCAUUUUCUCUUUGUUGGCCUUCUUUAUACUUUUUGAAGCUUCACUUCAACUCCUCGGUCCUCGGAUCUUCAGAUCCCCUCUCAUUUCCAAAGGUUAGUCAUGGCAACAGUUAGGAAUCUGAAAAUCAAGACAUCGACUUGCAAACGAAUUGUUAAAGAGCUGCACUCUUAUGAAAAAGAGGUUGAAAGGGAAGCUGCAAAAACAGCUGACAUGAAAGAGAAAGGAGCUGACCCGUAUGACCUCAAGCAACAGGAAAAUGUGCUGGCUGAAUCAAGGAUGAUGAUCCCUGAUUGUCACAAGCGGCUAGAGGCUUCAUUGGCUGACCUUAAAGGAACUUUGGCUGAGUUGGAGGAAGCAAAUGAGAAGGAAGGCUCAGAAUUCGAAGAUGCUUGCAGUACCAUAAGUGAGGUUGAAAAGUUGUUUCAGACAACAGAGGCUUAGUGACGGCUUUAAUUAGUUGCUGUAACUCAAAAAAUUGACAUUGAUGGUUCUAAGUUUGUACCGUUUCUAUUUCUAGCCACAAUCAGGUUGUUUGGAAUGCAGGUAAGAUAUCUCUUGAAAUGUUAAUGUUUUGAAAUGAAUUUUCCAAAUAUAAUUCAUGCCAAUUAAUUUGUUCUUGUGA